AUGACUCAAGAAGUUAAAACUGUCUGUGUAUUCUGUGGAUCUUCUUUUGGUAACAAGCCACAAUAUGCCGAAGAAGCCGCUAAAUUAGGUACCGAAUUGGCCAAAAGGUCAUGGGGCUUGGUUUACGGUGGUGGGUCCACUGGAUUAAUGGGUGCAGUUGCACGUGGGUGUGCCACCAAUGGAGGAUACGUUCAUGGAAUCAUUCCUGAAGCCUUGAUUUCUCGUGAGAGGGUUGUGGAGGAAGAGCACCCAAAUACUGAAACCAAUGGUGAUUCCAAUGGCACGAAAGAAGCCAAAGCCGAGGAGGCAUUCAAUGCUAAAUUGAAAGAAUCAAUAAACAAUCAUGAUGGAUCAACUCCAAUACCUGAUUCAAAAGAAUAUGGUAAAACCACAUUAGUCAAGGAUAUGCAUACUCGUAAGAGAUUGAUGGGACAAGAAGCUAGUGCUUUCAUUGCAUUACCUGGAGGAUAUGGAACUUUAGAAGAAUUAAUGGAAGUUGUUACAUGGCAACAAUUGAAUAUUCAUAAUAAACCUAUUGUUAUUUUUAAUAUUAAUGGAUUUUAUGAUAAUUUCUUACAAUUUAUUAAAGAUUCAAUUGGUAAUGAAUUUGUUUCAGUUAAAAAUGGUGACAUUAUUAAAGUUGCCAAUACGGUUGAAGAAGUAUUGUUGGCUAUUGAAAACUAUAAGGUGCCUGAAGGAAGAUUCAAUUUGAACUGGGAAAGUACUUAG